UUGCUUAGUGCUUACAAAGCCAAAGGCGAGUCCUAGAUAGUGAAUGUAGACUGUUCUGAAGGGGACGAGCGAGCGCUAAAAGAUGUUUUAUCGUUGCAAAAUCCUCAACGUUAACUUCCCAUCAUCUAUGUCUCUGGGAACUUUCGUCAAACACCUUCCAUUUUCCAUACCUAAAACCUCACUUCCUCCUCAAAGACUCAACUUUAAAUCUCUAACCACCACCACUACCUGCGUAACACGCAGCUCUUCCUAUUUUGAAACCUUAAACUCCCGCCAAAAGGACCAGAUUCAUCUCUACGUAGACGCUUUACUUCAAUGGAACCAGAAGAUGAAUCUCACCGCUGUCAAUGAAGUUAAUGAAGUAAUGGAAAGGCACAUUGAAGAUUCCCUAGCAAUUAUCCCUCCUAUACAAAACUCUUAUAUCUCAAGCUGUAACAAUUCAUUUGACAACCUUAGGAUUGUUGAUGUUGGAAGUGGUGCGGGGCUUCCUGGCUUGGUUUUAGCUGUUGCUUGUCCAGGUUGGGAAGUAACAUUGGUUGAAUCUAUGAACAAGCGAUGUCUUUUCUUGGAACAUGCAGUGAGUCUUAUCGGUUUGUCCAAUGUUCAGGUUGUGAGAGAAAGAGCAGAGAAAUUGGGGCAGGAUUCCAACUUUAGGGAGAGAUUUGAUGUUGCAGUGGCCAGGGCAGUUGCAGAGAUGAAAGUUUUGGCUGAAUACUGCCUUCCUCUUGUUCGUGUUGGUGGCUUGUUUGUAGCUGCAAAAGGUCAUAAUCCUCAAGAUGAAGUUAAAAGUGCAGAGAGAGCAACCAAAUUGAUGGGUGCUUCGGUAUUGCAACUCUGCUCAGUGGAAUCACACAGCCCACAUGGACAGAGAACUGCUAUCAUUUGCUUAAAAAAUCGCCCCACACCAAGAAAAUAUCCACGUGAUCCAGGUACACCAACAAAAGAACCACUCUAAUAAUUAGGGUGUCAGUUCUGCUGUCUUCUUUAGUUUGUUAGGCUUCCUGCACCUCCAAAUGUAUAUGACUUCUUUUCUUAAAUUAUUCUUUCUUUUAGUGACCAACUUGGUCAUGGCUUCACAAUAGGCUUAAGACUUUAUCCUCUGCAGUCUGGAGAGACUAAUGACUUGUGUAGUUUUUCUCUCAAUAUAUUUAGCUUUCGUGUCAGUGUCGUGUUUCGUAUUGCUUUUGUAGUUGUUCUUUCUAUGUUAUGUUUGUGUCGUGCGAUCGUAUUGUAUCAAACAUUAUCAAGUAUAGCAUCUAAUAGCUGCAUAUGCAGUGUCUGUGUAUGUUUAUGAUACAGAA